ACCAUGGCUCUUCAAUUCCAACAUGUAGACCCUGAUUUCCACAAGAUGGAGGAAAAUGAGAUCGAGGUGAGCCUUGAGGCUGAACAAGAGACCAAUGUAGCAGCAGAAAAUGGUAACUUUGAAGGUUCUCUAAAUGGUCCAGACAAACUAAAGAACCAGGGAAUCCCAGACCAUAAGGAUGAUGUGAUCCACUACAUUGGUGAUGACAUCAAAGAUGAGAGCCAUGGGAGCCACCAAGAGUCUAGACACCCACAGUUGGAGAAGCAGGAGAACUUGGCUGCUGCCAGAGUUCCACAGUUACGGCGCACAAGGCCACGGAUCCAGCUGGGUCUCACACCCAGGCAGCUGAGUGAACUGGAAGAAGUUUUUCAACAAACUAAGUACCCUGAUGAGGCCACAAGGAGGGACCUUGCAAAGCGCUUGUUCCUGGGAGAAUCCAGAGUGCGGGUCAGUAAAUCUGAAAAGGCUUUGGGUAACCUCAGAACAUCUCCUGCAGCAGCUGUCCCCAAUGUGGUCACUGAAGAACGGGGAACCUUAAACUGCCACCUGCUUCCCGUUGAGUGCGUCUUUAAGGCCCAUGCACCCUACUGCACCUAUGCAGAAGUUCCACGAGGGGUCCCUUGA